AACAAAAGCAAUUUAUGGAAAAAGGGCAAUUCUUUGAAUUGGGUCGAACUUCUCGCUAUUUGAGCUUCACAGAGUACGCUGGUGAGUCGUUGCUUGUACGGUCUGGCUAAGAAAAUCCAGCUUCUGGUGCGCUGUUGCUGAAUCUGUCUCUCUCAGUCUCACUAGUAUACUCACCGCACAAACCCUAAACAUCAGUAAAUUGUUUGAUUACUUGCCUUUGCAGAAAUGCCAAAAGUGAAGACAAAUCGGAUCAAAUAUCCGGAUGGAUGGGAAUUGAUCGAGCCUACUCUUCGCGAGCUAGAUGCCAAGAUGAGGGAAGCUGAAAAUGAUUCUCAUGAUGGCAAGAGAAAAUGUGAAACGCUCUGGCCUAUUUUCAGAAUUGCCCAUCAAAGGAGCCGCUAUAUUUUUGACAUUUAUUAUAAAACAAAUGAAAUUUCUAAAGAGCUUUAUGAGUUCUGCUUGGAACAAGGUUAUGGCGACCGUAACCUCAUUGCAAAAUGGAAAAAGCCAGGAUAUGAACGACUCUGCUGCCUACGCUGCAUUCAGCCAAGGGAUCACAACUUUGGCACUACUUGUGUGUGCAGGGUUCCCAAGCAUCUGAGAGAGGAAAAGGUUGUUGAGUGUGUCCAUUGUGGUUGUAAGGGCUGUGCAAGUGGGGAUUGAUAGCUACAAUGUGUAAAAUCCUCCAUUGUUUAAGGGCCUACCUGUUUGAUGGGAACUGAGAAGCGAGAAGUCUAAGGUGGACUUGACCAAAUCUCACACUCAUCAAAUUUUCUUCUCAAGUAUUCAAACUGAGAAUAUGGCACAUAGUUAGUUAUCUUUCCAUACCCUUGCCAGAUAGGAAUUUGUGCGCAACUAUUGUGUGAAUCUGGGAGCUCUAUUCAACUAAUGUUUGAUGAGAUUUGAACUAAAGUAGAUUAUUAACUAGCAUUAUUUCCUUUUUUUUUGGGAAAACAUUAAUAUCCGUGAACCUGCCUCUUUUAUCAUGAUAUUUGUAUGACUGCUUAUCAUUUC